AUGAGGCUACUUUCUCAGAUUGUAGAGAAACCUUCAAAAGUACGAUUUACAUUCGAGAAACUCCGAACAACUGUUAUUAACCCCUCCGAAAAUUCACUCCAAAAGACCCGAAGAUACCGAAGAAACAUUUUCACCGACGCUACUCUGAAACAAAACAGAUGGAUUCUGUUCUUUUUCCUCUAUGGUGUUCUUAUCAUGUUGUUCGUGGUUCUGUGUAUGUUAUGGACAGUUCGCAAAAGAAGACAAAGUCAAUCAUCAGUGAAUAAUGAUAGCCCUGAAAACGACACUCCCAAUAACAGUCAAAACAAUCAUCAACGAGAAGAUAUCACAAUGGAAACGAUAACGCAGCUAGAGGAAACUGAACCUCUCUUGAAUACACAACAAGAAAACGAAGAAUGUCCUUCUGACUUACUUUCGGGUCCAAUCAACGAACGCAUCGAUUAUCUCAAAUUUGACGAGUCUCGCGAGAUCAAAAGAAGCAAUAUAAAGAUGUUCAAGCCAAUCGGAAAUGGGCAGUUCGGAGCGGUUCAUAUAGGUCUAUUGAAGAGAUCAAACACAACGUGGGAAAAGGGACCAACGCUUCCUGUGGCUUUAAAACGUCCUAUACAUCAUUACAACGCGGCAAAUUUGCAAUUGACUUACGAAGAACUUAAAUUAAUGUGUGCGAUUGGAAAGCAUCCUAAUGUGAUUUGCCUUAUUGGAGGUGUCGUCAAUGGCUUGCAAAAACAAGCAGAAACUUGGAUUGUUUCCGAGUAUGUUGAAUGCGGGGACCUUUUGGAGUUUUUGCGAAAAAGCCGAGACAUUUUCGAAAAUAAGCUGAUCAGCUCGCAAAAUGGAUAUAUGGUUCCUACAAAGAAGUUGUACCUGUCAAAAGAAGAACCAGAGAAUGGAAAGGCGAAAUUAUCAACAUAUGAUCUUCUUUCGUUUGCCUAUCAAAUUGCAAAUGGAAUGGAUUAUUUGGCAAAGAUUAGGUUGGUUCAUCGUGACUUGGCUCUACGUAAUAUUCUUAUCAACAAGAACAAAACAAUUCGAAUUGCGGAUUUUGGCUUGGCUAGAAAAAAUAAUAAAGGAUACUACAGGGUGAAACACAUGGAAACCCAUCUUCCAUAUUACUAUAGUUCCCCGGAAAGUUGGGAUACUCAAAAAUUCAAUGAGAAAUCAGAUGUUUGGUCAUUUGGCGUUUGUUUGUAUGAGAUUUUUUCGCUGGGAAAAGAACCGUAUGCAGAUGUCAAAGAAGUCCAAAAUAGUAAAAACGAUUUGAUGGUUUACUUGAAAGCUGGGAAUCAUUUAUCGAGACCCGAGUUUUGCCAUCCAGAAGUGUACAAAGUGAUGGAAUUGUGCUUCAAUCUCGACGUCGACGUUCGUCCAAACUUUUCUCUCUGCUUAGAAUACUUCGCGGAGCAUUUGAGUACCGCAGCAAAACCCUUAUUUGAAGAAAUCGAGCAUAAUUUACAAUUGGAGGCAGAGAAGCAACGGAAGCUGUCUGAUUGGGUUCAAGAUGAUGAUGAUGAUGAUGAAUAA